UUUUUCCAGAGUUUCACUGUAAAAACUGCACAUUGUUUUUUUAAGCAGUUAAUAUUACGCUCCAGCAAGAGUUGUAGAUCCUGGUCUGAUGAAGGUCAAGGUCAAUUUUAUUUAUAGAGCGCAUUUACAGCAGCAAAGCUGCACCCAAAGCACUGUACAAGGUACAACAAACCAAGGUCAAACAAAUCAAUAAACCUAAAAUAAGAUGAGCACACAACAGUCACAAUUUAUAGUAAAAACUGUUAAAAACUAUUAAGAUGCUCAAGUCAACCUGCAUUAAAAGCCAGAUCAAAAAAUGCGUCUUAAGAAGGGAUUUAAAAUACUCUAGAUUCUGUGUGGUCCUGAUGUUGAGAUGUAGCUUGUUCCACAGCUUGGGACCAACCACAGAGAAAGCUCUGUCGCCGCGAGUCUUAAGGCGGGUUUUUGGAACUGUUAAGAGAGCUUGAGAGCAGGACCUCAUGGUCCUGGUAGGGACGUAAGCGGACAGCAGCUCAGAGAUGUAAAAUGGUGCCGGGCCAUGAAGGGAUUUAAAACAAAAAGUAAAAAUUUGAAAUGGAUCCUGUAAGAGACAGGAAGCCAAUGGAGAGAGGCCAGAACCGGGGUUAUGUGAUCCCGCUCGCUGGUGCGAGUCAGCAAGCGGGCCGCUGCAUUUUGGACCAGCUGAAGCCGGUGUAGGAAGGACUGGUCCAGGCCAGAAUACAGGGAGUUGCAGUAGUCCAAUCUGUAACCAAGGCAACAGGAUCACAUCAUCUGCAAAAAGCAGAGACCUAAUCCGCAAAUCAAAUUAAUUUAAGAGCCAAAGUUGGCCAAAGGGCUGAACAAUAAACCAAAGCUACAGCAAAAAAGCGCAAAAUGUGUAAAAUAGAUUAUCACCAUAACAGAUCUCCUCAACACCUUGGCUGUGCCUAGAACUCAUGUCCAUAAAAGUUAUGAACAGAAUCGGUGACAAAGGGCAACAAAUGUAUUCCAGUAUUAAAGUAACUUGUCAAACAAGAAGCAACAUGAAGACGUUUGUUUAAAAACAGUGUGAAAAAGAAAAAGUAUCACUGAAAUGAUACUUGCAAGUCAAAGACAGAUGAGUGCUAAGGAGUGUCCCAAUAAGGUUUAUUUUUAAUAUGUGGGUUAGAUGACAUACACAGGUUUUUUUGGUCAUUUUAGUUAUUCUGAAGUCAGACCGAUAUUUUGGGUAGAACUGCAAUAAAACAAAUUCAUAUGUAUGAAGAAUAACUUCAGAUGUUUGCGAUCAUAUGACUUUUUGCUUGUUUUUAAAUUUGACGGCCAACAGGUGAAACAAGCAUCUUCUGCAGCAUUCCCCUGGGAUUUUACAUCAUCGGCAGCAUGUUGAUGCUAAUUGGUGCGCGAUACAUCACAGGUAAAAACUAGUUUCAGAAUCCUGGAGGCUCUGGUGGAAAAACAACCGAACCGCUCGUCACGCUGGACCACCACUCGUGUUCUCGUCGAAUCCUUUCUGUAAAAAACCAUUCCAGGGGAAUGAAGAACCAGCACUGCUUUGAGAUCACUAAACCAUUGUUUAAUAUAUAACUUUUCUCUGUAGAAAAUGUUGCCAGAGAUCAAUUUUAGCCAGCCUGUACAUGCACAGUUCUCUGAUUUUCACUGCAUAAUUUAUGAUUUUCGGCUUAUUUAUGUAGGAGUUGGACUGUUGUGGAAGGAUUACCUUUCAUUUGCUUUAUGUGUCAAGUCACUGUUUGUCUGGAUCGGUUAGUCAAACAGCUGAAGACCGUUCCUCCAUAGCCAGAGACAUUUUUAGAGCACUUUGUUUUUGUUUUGUUUUUUUGCCUGGAGUUGUCGAGCUAGAGCGGGGUAGCUUGUGCUGGCAUGAAAAGUAGGGAAGGAAGGAAUUUGAAAAACUGAAAAUACAACUUUAAUUGGAAAUUACUUGAAGUUUUGACUAAAAUUAUAUAGAUAAAUGGAAGGAAAACGACCAUAUGUGGCUCAUGAAUUCAGUCGGUUGUACAAACCUGACCUUAGUUACGCUUGUCACAUGCAAAAAUUAAGUUAUCACAAAUACUGUGCUCAAAAUUCACUGUUUGUAAAAACCUGUUAAAAAAAACUCCCCCUUCUGUGCAGUUUGGUUCAGGGUGAUUGGUGCCAGUAGCAGUGGCGGCUCCAGAAAUGUUUUUCUGCAGGUGCUAUGAAGGAGCUAGUCUUUUUUAUUGAGGGUGCUAUGAAGGAAGUGGUCAUGCGUACCUAUUGUUCUCUAAAACACCUUCAACACUAGCAGAUACACAUGCGUGCACAAAACCUCAACAACACCUGAAACAAUCAUUAAUAUACAUCAUAAACAUAUGAACAAUCGCUGACUUUUCCAUGAAAUCAUAAACACAUACAGCCACACAGAAAACCAUCUAUAGUGUUGCAAGGUUAGCUAACGUUAGUGUUAGCAUUUCCAGCGGCAAAACCCUCGACUGCUGCGGCGGUUGAGGGUUGACUCUCUUCAUCCAGAUCCGUAGGUUUUUGUGGGUCUGAGAUCACUUCCAAACAUUCAUUCGUUACUGACUGAACCUGUGGAAAUUUGGGCAACAAAAACCGAUCCAUUUUACCACUAGCUCUACCUUUCACUCGUUCACAGGUGGAAAAUGAGGUCAACGGUUAACAUUAAUUUCCUGUUUUGGUUUAAGUUUUUACUUUCUAUAUGAUAAUUUACUGAUUAUUUUUGUUUUGUAUGUUAAAUAUUAUCACAUCCACACAGUAAAUUAAAAUUAAAUUGUAAAAAAAAUCUAAUAUUUACUUGGGGGUGUUAUGGGGUGCAGGGUGCAACGACUAAUCCAGGGGUAGCUAUAGCGCCCCCUGGCGCCGCCACUGGCCAGUAUUUAUGAUGUUUGCCAACGAAACAAAAAGAAAGCCAGUGUUUCUGUUCACAUCUCAGCAGAAGCUCAAAUCAUGUCUUUUUGUUGACAUUUUUCACUUGAAUUUGUAAUUUAUUCAACUUUAAGGUUAUUUUUUAAAUGAAAAAAUUAUGUAGUUUCCACCAACGGAGACGAGUUGAGACUAUCGGUUGAGACCAUCGACAUUAAUAUUGAGACCUGUGAAACUGAAACUGUUGUUUUUUUUAUUCACCCUGCAUGUCUGUGAAUCAUGAGCCACACAGUGUCUUGUAACACAAAGUUGUGCAACCUUGAUAUUUGGACAUCACAUUAAAGAUAAACACAGGAUCCCGUCUUCCAGGUGUGAGAAUCUUUAUCGCCAGUCGCCAAUUCGGCGUGCCUCUUGUCUGUUUGCCUUGUCUUGUCAGAUCUCAUGCAGCCUUGUGUUGUCCCAGUCCAUUACAUGGUUUUCUCUUGUGCAAUGGUCUGUUAUGGCUGACUUCUUUAUUGUGCUUUCUGCUUCUUCUUUUGCUGCUCUUGUGUGUCCUCGACUUAUUUCUUUCUCACACUCCUUUCUAUGUUCUGUUGUUCGUGUGUUGAGUUGGCGUCCGGUUUCUCCUCUGCAAUAAAACAUAAGAGAAACCGGACGCCAUCUUCUACGCUUCUACCCUCACCCACGGUCACACGCUUUGUGUAGUGACUGAAAGACUGAGAUCGCGGAUACAAGUGGCCGAAAUGAGUUUUCUCUGCAGGGUGGCUGGGCUCUCCCUUAGAGAUAGGGUGAGAAGCUCUGUCAUCCGGGAGGGGAGUGGAGUAGAUCCGCUGCUCCUCUACAUUGAGAGGAGCCAGUUGAGGUGGCUCAGGCAUCUGGUUAGGAUGCGUCCUGGAUGCGCCUCUCUGGUGAAGUGAUCUACUUUGACAUGCUUUAAUUAGAAUAAUGGAAAUGAGCUCUGUUAAGAGUAAAAUUUACCUUUUGGCUUGUCUUUUUAUAGCAUUACAUUGUGUUAAUCAGAAAUAGUGUUUACCUACAGAUGUGGGUAAGCCUGUAACAUUCUUCUAGAUUUUUAUCAAUGAUCAGAUUUUAAACCUCAAUUUAUUUCCAUUUUCAUCAUUUCAUAUCAUUAGUGUUGUUAUGAGCAGAACUGAUGUCCUGUUUUGAAUACAGGUUCUGAAUACAGGUGUGCUUUUUCCUGAGAAUACUCCCAGCAAAUAUGAGCUGUUAUGAAUGGGAGGAGUUUCCAGUAACUAAACCAAGCAGUUUGUCAGGUGUUCACUUUUAACUGGGGGCACUGAAGUGGCAGCACAUUUAACAGCGUAGACCCGAGUCACCUGGAAAAAGCAAGGCGCCAGGUGUGUGGAAGUGUUUCGCGUAACAAAUUGUUCCUCAUUUUCGGAUUUUAAUUGAACAGGUAAGGAGGCGCUUAAUGUUUCUCAUCGUACGACAUGAAAAGUCGGUUUUGUCAGCUUGUUGUCGUCAUCUAGGGGUGCCGGUGGGAGAAGUCGAAGAGCUCGUUUGGUUUUCUCUUGGAAUCGAAUUGUCGGUAAACAAAUUUGUCCUGAACAUGUUGGACCAGCGGGGCCAGAUUCUGCCAGCAGACAUCGAGUUCAGUCCGACCAGAGAAUACGGCAGUCCACCGGUAUCCAUCCAUCCGGUGCACAAAAAGAACACAGUGAAAGAACUUCUCAAGAUAAGACGCCAGAAAUGGAACUCAGAGCAUGAAUUCAAAGUUCCAAAACAGGAGGUUGUCAGCCCUGACGCCAGUCCUCAAAUGCCAAGCCCUCCUGAACCAGUCAACCUGAAUCCAACCAUGAACUAUGGCGCUCCAGUUAUUGAAAAUGCCUACAUGGAAGUGCAGCAGUUUCACGAACCCAUACAACCAACUGUUCUGCAGGGACAAGAUGUUCCAGCAACAGAGAGGAAGAUGACUCUGUUUCACUGGCAAAUACAGCAAGAGUCUCAGAAAGUUGAAGGACUGACUGUUGAGCAGCUGAACAUGCAGGAUUCUGAUGGAGACACAUUUCUUCACAUCGCUGUGGCUCAAGGUAGACGUGCUCUCGCUUAUGUGCUUGCUGCAAAAAUGGCCAGAUGUGGCUCUCUGAACACAAAGGAACACAACGGCCAGGUAUUAAGAAAGAAAAAACAUACGGCUCUCCACAUUGCGACCACCACCAAUCAGCACCUGAUUGUUUCUGACCUCCUGAGUCAUGGUUCUCAGAUCAACAUUAGAGACCUGUGGGGCCGCUCUCCUCUGCAUGUGUGUGCUGAGAAAGGCCACAUCAGCAGUCUGCAGAGCAUCUACAGAACCCUUACAGGAAGUGGCCUCUCAGCUGAUGUUGAAAUGUUUAACUAUGAUGGUUUGACUCCGCUUCAUGUGGCAGUCUUGUCCCACAAUGCUGUCAUCAGAGAGAUGAGGAGCAUGGAGAACCCCUGUUCAUACAUGAAGUCAGAACUGACUAACAAGAGGUUCACAUAUGUGAAAAUUAUCAAGAUCCUGAUGCAGAUGGGCGCCUCCUAUGGGACAAAGGACCUAAAAAGUGGACGGACUUGUCUUCACAUGGCUUCUGAUGAGGCUAAUCUGGAGCUGCUCAGCAUCUUUCUUGAACAGCCAACAUCACUGGCUUUUAUCAACGCUAAGUCGUUCAGCGGGAACACUGCGCUGCACAUCGCCAGCUCCCUGCAAAACUUCAGAACUCAAGUGGAAUCCGUGAAGCUGCUGAUGAGGAAAGGUGCCGAUCCGGGGGCGAGGAAUUAUGAAAAUGAGCUUCCGUGUCAGCUGGUGCCCGAAGGCCCCGUGGGCGAAAAGGUUUUUCCUUCUGGUCACAUUAUCUUUCAUGUUAAUGGAGUUUUUUUGUGUUUAGUAUUUUAUUGAGGAAACAUUUGAGCCGUAACACGAGAAAUCGGGUAAAGUGGUGGAAAGGAAGUGUGAAUAGGAACGAGGGUGGAGGGUGGGUCGAAUCGCCUGACUGAGAUAAAAGAAGAAAAGCUUGUGUCGCAGGUUUUUGUUAAUGGAGCAGGAAAAUAUCUGGAAAGUUUUCUAACAAGCUUGUCUUCCCCUCUGUUUUUCAGGUGCGUCAGAUCCUGAAGAGGAAAGAUACUCAUGUUUAAGUAAAGUUU